CUACUCUCUGCCCGAGGCUUCACCUCAAUGGAUGCGGCUUCACCGUAAACGCGACAGCCGUCCUUGUUCAGAGAAAAUAUAACACUGCAGUUGCUCCUCUGAUCAUCGACAUAAACCUGACAAUAAUACUACUAAAAAUAAACGAUGACAGAAGGCGGGAAUCACGUGCCAGAAGAAAGUGAUGCACUGGGUAAGGAUGAGGUGCCCGUGGAGGAGAAGCGCUCGGAAGAGGUGGAGGAGAUGAAGAACGGGGACAGCAGAGUGGCCGUGCCGGAGCAAGCAGCGGAGGAGGUCGAGUUUGUGCACCCCGAGGGCGGCUGGGGUUGGGUAGUCAUGCUAGCCGCCAUGUGGUGUAACGGCUCUGUGUUCGGGAUCCAGAACGCCUUCGGCAUUCUCUUCCUCUCCCUCCUACGGGAGUUCGGCUCCGAGAAGGACGACGACCUCCGCUUCAAGACAGCAUGGGUGGGCUCCCUCUCCAUGGGGAUGAUCUUCUUCUGCUCCCCCAUCGUCAGCGUCUUCACCGACAUCUUCGGCUGCAGAAUUACGGCGGUGGGCGGUGCUGCUGUCGGCAUGGUUGGCCUGCUGGCCAGCUCAUUUGUCACGUCCCUGGGCCCCAUGUACUUCACCUAUGGCAUUGUGUUUGCCUGCGGCUGCUCUUUUGCCUACCAGCCCAGCUUGGUCAUCCUAGGACACUACUUCAAGAAGCGCCUGGGUCUGGUGAACGGCAUUGUGACGGCCGGCAGCAGCGCCUUCACCAUCACCUUGCCCUUCGCGCUGUCGCACCUGCUGGAAAAAGUGGGCCUCCACAACACCAUGCGCAUACUCUGCAUCCUCAUGUUCGUGCUGAUGCUGGCCGGCCUCACCUACAAGCCCCUGCUGCCGGUCAAAUCCAGACAGACCCGCACAGGCCGCCGAUGCCCACCCUUGAGCCAGAUCUUCAACCUCAAUAUCUGGAGGUCCUUGGGGUAUCGCAUUUGGGCUUUCGGCAUCCCUGCAGCCCUCUAUGGCUACUUUGUGCCUUAUGUUCACCUGAUGAAGCACGUGGAGGAGCGCUUCGGACCAGAGGCCAGCAAAGAAGUCCUGCUCAUGUGCAUCGGCAUCACGUCCGGCGUGGGCCGCCUCAUCUUUGGCAGGGCGGCGGACUACAUUAAUGGAGUCAACAAAGUCUACCUGCAGGUGACCUCCUUCUUCGUCAUCGGCGUCAUGUCCAUGAUGAUCCCUCUUUGCCACGUCUUCGGCGGGCUGAUCGCUGUGUGCCUGCUGAUGGGGCUGUUCGACGGCUGCUUUAUCUGCAUCAUGGCCCCCAUUGCCUUCGAGCUGGUCGGGCCUGACGACGUUUCCCAGGCCAUCGGCUUCCUGCUGGGCCUGAUGUCCGUGCCCAUGACCGUGGGACCUCCCAUCGCAGGUUUCCUAAGGGACCGACUGGGUAGCUACGACGAGGCCUUCUACCUGGCGGGCAUCCCUCCGAUCAUUGGAGGAGCCGUGCUGUGCCUGAUUCCCUGGUUGGAGGCCCGGCGCAAGAGGAGGGAGAAAGAGGAGGCCCUGAGCAGGGAUCAAGAUGUCACCAAGAAGAUGCUCGAGACCGAGAAGACGCUCGAGCACAAGAAGGCUCAGGAAGCUGCUCAGAGCAACACUGGAGAGUCUGUCCUCUAAGCUGAGAGGGAGAGAGAGAAAGAGAGAGAGAGAGACUGAGACUGCUGAGUACCGAGAUACAGUAUGAGGAAGAUUGUAAAGACUGCUUCAGGAGGAGAGCAUGCCAAAGUGAUGAAACAUAUCGGAGAGUUGAAGUCCAGCUUAACGGGAAUGUGAUUCCGGAAGAACUAUGCAUUACAUUGUUUGACUGAACUAAUCUUACAACAGGCAAACUUGAGGUUUUAAAUGGAAUUUGAUUUUGGUUUCAGUUUUUUUGCUUUGUGGUCGGUGCAAAAUAUUUCUCCUUAAACCCGCCAACUUUAUUGUCGUAUGAUUCCAAAUAUGUUCAUACUAUUUUAAAUAAUAAAAUAUUUUUAAAAAGAGAUAAAGAAAAGGGACAUCCAGAGUGCUCUCACGUUAGUUGUGCAGCUCUGGGAUCGUCUGAGCCGUUAACGGUUCUCGGGCUCUUCAAGGGAAGCCGCUUCAUAAAUUCACCUCAAGAGGAGAUCUUGUCCACCCGGCUGGAUUCAGGAAGUCUCUCCUCUUUUACAGCGGGAUGCUCGUGGCAAUAAAAUAGUUCUGUAGCUCUGAAGUGCAUAAACUGACCUUGAGGAGACACCUGCAAUUAUGAUGUGACAUUGAAGUCCCCAUGUGUGCGGUAUUUGAAUCGACAUUCAAGGCCUUAAUUAUUUCAGUUUAUAUUAAGCUUUCAAGUUGUAUUUCCCACAAAUCUAAUUAUUAUUAUUAACUAAUACAAACACAAUACACAGGAGAGGGGGGGGGGUAAAUAGAGGCCAUGAGGCCCCAUAGAGGGUUAAUCGGGCCCUGAUUGUACUGUGAUUGAUUCCCACAAAGCGGCUGUUUGUAAUCGAACCGUCCCGUCUUCAAAGGAACAUUUUUGGGAAACGCGCCUUCUUGCCACCAAGACUGUAUGGGCGGGCUCUGUCCCAAAGGUGACAUAAUUUCAACUUUCAGCACCUCUAGAGCUGGAUCUCGUUCGUAUGAUCUGUAUAAAAGAGAAAUAAUUUAAAAACAAUAAGUUGUAUAAUUUUUUCAUCAGAAAUUUGCAUCAGUGUUCAACAAACGUAGGAAAUACAGAAUACAUGCAAAGUGCUGCAAAUGUAUAGUAUAACUAUUUUAUUAUGUGAAAUUCUACAGGAAAAAUAUGGAUCAGUGGGAUGUGAAUGAAUUUCCCAAAAUGUCAAAUUGUCCCUGUAUCAUAAAAACUUUGCCACCACAAGUUUGACGAGCGUUCAGUGAGGAACCGUAAUACUGAAACGAGGAACACACGGACAUUGCCUUUGUGUCCAUGAACUCACUGAAGCAGUAUUUCUUUUUAAAACAACCGGCUGUGAAAUUUUGUUUUUAAAGUUGUUCUUGUUUUUUUAUUUAUCUGUAAUUUGGUCCAAUAUUUCCAUCGUGUGGCAUGAAUUUACAAUGGUGUGCCUCUGGUUAAAGUGUGUGUGUGUGUGUGUUUGGGGGGGUCAUAAAACAACCUGAUGACCUCUUAAAAGGACAUAUAUAUAUAUAUAUAUACUGGGGCAUAUGUACUCUCCCCUCAUUAUAAAACACCCUUAUCUUUUGACUACGUGCACACUAGUCCGUAAAGUCCAGUUAAUUAUUCCCUCUGCGCCCGGGUCAUCAGCCUUUGACAGAAAGCUGCUUGUUUUAUGUUUUCAUAUUGUAUUUAUUUUGCGUGUGGAGAAUUUGUACUGCAAUUGACGGGUAUUUUUUCUGAAGCCUUGAUUUAAUUUACCCCGAAGACCAAAAAAGGCUAGUGUUAGUCCUGUUUGCUUGAUUUGCGUGUGUCUCCUUUAAGCCCAUAGGUCGUGUUGAACCAACCGGUGGACAGGAAGUGUCCUUGUCAGGACGUCCUGCCAACAUUCAUGCCUCCUCCUCCUCCUCCUCCUCCUCCUCAGGCCUGAGACACUCUACCUCUGAUGUGCAUGCGUGGAGCUCUAUUGCCCGUCCUCGUCCACCAGAGCAGCGCUCACCUUUUAAUGAGCGUGACUUGUGGAAAAAGUAUCCGAAAAAAGAAUCUAGCUAUCCAAAAACGUUGCUUUUAAUGAAGCGCUUGCUGCACGAAACCAGAAAUGCCUUUUUUUAUAUAAACACUUUUCUAACGAUUCUCCCCGAAAAGUAUAUAUAUUUUAUAUAUUAUGAUUAAAUCACAUCUUUUGCCUUAUGAUUCAAACUUAUCUUUAAAAAAAAAGGUAUGACAUGCAUAUUUUUAGACUUAGCAUUUUAUUGUGAAUUUGCUGUUUAUUAUUUUGCCUCAUCUUAUUCGAGCUGCUGGCUUUUUGCAUUUGGUUUUUACUUUUUUAACGCUUUGCUGCAAGAAGUCUAUAUUUGCUUCUCUCAUUCCAUUUGAGCAUAAUUUUGUCCUAAUUUCUGUUUUGUUAUGCAUAUCUCAUGAGUUAUACCCAAACUGUUUUCUACUAAAAUAUGACACUUUUCUAUCUUUCCUAUCUGCUGCAUGAUGUGCAAUGUAAUAUGAUGUAAACACAAUCAGCAUUUUCAAGGCAGUAAAAAAGAAAAAUAAAAGAUGUUUACAUUUUC